AUGUGCUCUUUGUCGUUGCUGCAAGUGCAAAGUAUUGAAACUUUUGCACUUGCAACUAUGCACAUUGUUGGAUUGGCUUACUGUGUAUUCAUUGUGGUCUCGUUUUAUGUUUAUGUACCAAAAAUUGAAAAAUUCUUGAUGAAAUUGUGCGAAACGGUCUCUGAAGAUGACGAUGCUCAGACAUUUAUUGACGAAGCUAGUGUAAAAGCAUUGAAAGUUACGAAAUUAGUGCUGUUUUGUGAAAUUUUAGCUGCUAAUUUCGCAUCGUCUGUAAUUCCUUUGGCUUUUGGUUGCUUACCAUUUCCAAUGUGGACACCAGACUGGGCUAACUCAACAGUUAUCUUUGGCAUUUACUGGAUCAUCGAGUGGUUAACUUUUAAUUAUGUCUGUCAAGUUGUAAACAUUUUCUUCUUUAGUUUUGCAAUCUUGGUAAUAAUCAACGGAUAUGGAAAGUUCUUGAAUGUUCGACUGAGCAUGCUUGUGUCAACGAAAAACCAUGAUGGAUAUAAAGACCUCGUCAAGUGCAUUGUUGCUCAUCAGAAGUUCAAAAAAAUGAUUGAUGACUUCAAGGAAAUUUGGGGUGCAAUGAUUGGAAUAUUGUACAAAAUCAUUGUCAUCAUAAUCGGUACCUGCAUUUUUAACAUCACAAAAGGAGAACAUAAACUAACAUUUCGCGAGAAUUUAAUGUUCUACAUUUACAUUGCUGCUAUGGUAUUGUAUAUUUAUGUUCCAUCAUAUUUUGGAGACAUGAUUUACUCAACUUCAUCACAAUUCUCAUACGAUCUGUUCUCAAGUGACUGGGUCGAUGCUGACAUGAAGCACAAGAAGGCAAUGAUAAUUGUCAUGGAAAAUAUGAAGCAAACAGUCAAGUUGAGCAUUCUCUUUUAUGACUCACUCAACUUGCAGUUAUUUCAGGAUGUAAAGAACUUGGUUUAUUUUUGA